AUGGUAGCUACAGAUAAACAUGCAAACGCAACUGUAGAAAAUAACAAUAUAUCAAACACAUCCAACAUUGAAGGCAAAAACAAAGAAUCCAACAGGACUGUUGUAAAAAGGAGUGCUGACGGCGGCAGUAUAUUUUGGAAUGACAUGUAUGACGAUGAGUAUGAUAACAAAGACCCUAUGGAGGAUGAUAUGACGGAUAAAUCCGCCAUUAAACUUGAUGAUCUUAUGGGUAAAGAUCACUGGAUAGGUUCCAAGGUCAAGAUGCUAGCUAAACGUAUAAAAGAUAGAAGAAAUCGUAUGAAGGAAAAGAAAAAGUAUCGGAAUGUUAAAAAUGCAAGAAACAAAACUAACACUCAUGUCAAGAGAUCUGUUCCAGUACUUAAAGACCCCGGCAAGCGUAUGUUUGAGGAACUGACGGCAAACAUGAAGAGAGUGUGCAAUGAAGCUGCGCAGGCCAUACAUGAAACUACCAAUAGAGAAGGUGACUAUCAACAGCAUUCUAUAUAA